AUGCAGAGUCGCAUCCGAGACUUGGAGGCUAGAUUAGAAGCACAGAGCAGUCCACCGGAAUUGCAGCCAUCCAGUACCAGCACAGAACUCGUCGACACUGGCCGAUUCGAGGGCCUGCCGCCUCCUCAUUUAUCCGACUCUUUCAUGAUCCAUGGCGAGAGAUACAUUGCAUCACUCUACCGGCCCGCUCAUAUGCAGCCACCAAUGUGCCUGCAGUAUGCCAUCCUAGCCGCUGGAGCAAGUGCAUCGCCGACCUACAAGCACAUGGCUGAAGCAUUUUAUGUGAGAGCCCGCCAGUACAUUCAAGCCGAUGAGAUGAAGAGCGACAGUGAUCAGAUAUCCCUGUCGCAUUGCCAAGCUUGGGUUCUCAUAAGCCAUUUCGAAGCGCAGCAUCUCUGGUUCUCAAGAGCAUCAAUGAGUAUCGCCAGAGCCAUCCGGUUAGCCCAAAUCCUCGGGCUGCACCGACUAGAUGGGAAAAACGCAGCUGGCCUGACACUCCCGAUCGCGCUGGACUUCACUGAGGAGGAAGAGCGCAGAAAGACCUUCUGGGUCAUUUUCACGACUGAUCGUAUUACAAGCAGCACAGGCGGAUGGCCGACCAUGAUGGACUGGAGGAGUGGUAUGUACGAGCUCUCUACAAGCGCCUGCAGAGUAGUCGCAGUCCAUCUCUUCAACGAGUGCUUCAACUUCUCCCGAAACGUCGAAGAAGAUGAGGACAACAAUGACUGGCACCAACUGCAACAACUCGAUGAAGCAGUUACAAAUGCAUUUGCGACAUUGCCGUUAGAUCUCCGGUGCCCAGAGAACAUGGAAAGCCCUGAAGCUGUGCUCAUCAAUCUUCAGUUACAUACGGCCCUGAUAUGUAUUCAUCAAUCUGCGUUGACAAGAUCGCAGGUGGAUAUGGCUGCGCUUCCUACUACGAAAGCGAGAGUGAUGGAAUCGGCAGUUCAAAUAAUGAUCACUGUGGCGCUGGUCACGGACCUGAAUACCAGGUUCCGCAAUCCGCUGGUCUCGUUUGCAUCGUUCAUCGCGGCAUCGUUUUUCUUGUCCGACUUCCUCACAACUGGCGAUCUUCAAAGCGAGGCGAAUUUUACAGCUCUCAUGACUGUCAUGGUCGAAGUAGGGAAGAACAACAUGUUUGCAGCGUCUUUGGCUGUUCGACUAGCGCAGACGUUGAGAGCGUCUGGUGUUGAUCAAGAGACUGCUGGAAAGGUCCGAGUGAUGAUGGCUGAUCUUAAUAUUGAUCAUCCAAUUCCAGGCCAAGAGGAUAAAGAUAAUGGGAUCGUGAUAUUAUGUCCUACUGCAAGUACGCCAGAGCAGGUCGAUUUGGAUCAUGGAAUUAUUUGGCAGUAG